GCCCGGCGGCGGCAGCGCCCCGCGCCCCGACAGCUCCGCGCGCGCCGCCGCCCCGGGGGGGUCUGCCCCCCCCCCCCCCGGUCCGGUCCCGCCGCCCCCCCCAUGCGCUCCCCUCCAUGACGAUCCUCCCGAAGAAGAAGCCGGUUCCGGCGCCCGACGGAGACGCUGAUUCGGGCCCGGACGCCGGCCCCGAGCGCGGUGCGGACGGAGGCCCCGAGCGCGGCCCCGGCGGCGUUGGCGAGCCCGGAGGCCCUGGCGGGGUGGGGGGGCCGCGGCCCAGGGCCUCGCCGCCGCCGCCGCUGCGGGGCUGGGCCGGGCUUCCCGCCGCCGGAUCCCCCCCUCCCGCCGGCCCCGGAGGCCCCGUUGGAGGCGGCCCCGGCCCUGGGGAUGGUCCCGCGGCGCUGCUUGGGUUGGACGCGGCCGCGCUGGGGCUGCCCGAGCCCCGCGGGCCCGGCGGCGGCGGAGGAGGAGGUGGCCCCGGGCACAGCAAGAGGCGGCGGCGAGGAGGGGCCGGCCCCAGCGCGGGCCCCGGCGGAGGAGGCCCCGGCUGCGGCGGCCCCGUGGGGCUGGCGCUGGGCUUGGGCCCCGGUGGCAGCCCCGGCCCCGAUGAGGCGGGAGGUGGCUACAACAGCGAGGACGAGUACGAGGCCGGGAGGGUGGAGCUGGACCCGGCCACGGCCGAGCAGCAGGAGCACUGGUUCGAGAAGGCACUGCGGGAAAAGAAAGGCUUCAUCAUCAAGCGCAUGAAGGAGGAUGGAGCCUGCUUGUUCCGGGCCGUGGCCGACCAGGUCUACGGAGACCAGGACAUGCACGAGGUGGUGCGCAAGCACUGCAUGGACUAUCUGAUGAAGAACGCCGACUACUUCUCCAACUACGUGACAGAGGAUUUCACCACCUACAUCAAUCGCAAGCGCAAGAGCACGUGCCAUGGUAACCACAUCGAGAUGCAGGCCAUGGCCGAGAUGUACAACCGCCCCGUCGAGGUCUACCAGUACGGCACUGAGCCCAUCAACACCUUCCACGGGAUUCAGCACAACGAGGAUGAGCCCAUCCGGGUCAGUUACCACCGCAACAUCCACUACAACUCCGUCGUCAACCCUAACAAGGCCACCAUCGGCGUGGGGCUGGGGCUGCCCUCCUUCAAACCGGGGCUGGCAGAGCAGUCACUGAUGAAGAGUGCCAUCAAGACCUCGGAAGAGUCGUGGAUCGAGCAGCAGAUGCUGGAGGACAAGAAGCGGGCGACGGACUGGGAGGCCACCAACGAGGCCAUCGAGGAGCAAGUGGCCCGCGAGUCCUACCUGCAGUGGCUGCGCGACCAGGAGAAGCAGGCGCGGCAGGUGGGUGUCCCUCCUAGCCCCCCAUGUGUCCCCACCACUGCAUGGGGGGUUUCAUGGGUCCCUGUGUCCCCGCAGCCCCGCAAGGCCAGCGCCACGUGCAGCUCAGCCACAGCAGCGGCCGCCAGCGGCCUGGAGGAGUGGAGCGGGCGCUCGCCCCGCCCACGCAGCGCGGCCCCAUCACCUGAGCACCCCGGUCUGCACCCCGAGGCGCCCGGCCCCAAGCCCCCUUCACCCGGAGCACCCCCCGCUGGCAAACCCCCAUCGCCCUGUGCCCCAGGGACCAGCAGCCAGCUGGGGGCGGGGGGGGGCCGGGCCACCCCCCCACUGGUGUCCCUGUAUCCCGCGCUGGAAUGCCGCGCCAUCAUGCAGCAGAUGUCCCCCACUGCCUUCGGCCUCAACGACUGGGAGGACGAUGAGAUCCUGGCAUCGGUGCUGGCCGUGUCACAGCAGGAGUACCUGGAGACCAUGAAGACCUCCCGCCACAGAGACCCCACCACCGACAAGAGUUGAUAUUGAACCCCUGGACUGCACCCCAAACCCCCCCGGCCCCCCCCCAAGGGACCUCUAGGUGGGGGGGAGGCAUUUUACUAUGGGGGGGGUCACACAGACAACAACCUCCCCGCCCUUUCCACCAGGGAGGGGGACACAGCGCUGGACGCCGCGGGAUGAGCUUUGGCUCUGCUGAUGUGGGGAGGAUGGAAGCCGUCCCCCCCAUAUUACAGCUGGAAGGAAGGUGGGGGGUGGAAUGGGGUGGGGGGAGUCCUUUUGGUUUAGGAUCUCCCCUUUCUUUCCCAAUGGGGUUUUGCUGUUGGGGGGGGUCCCCAUCUCUGCCCUCCCCACCUCCUCCCAGAGCAUCCCGUGCUCCCCCCCAGCCCCCAGGGGUGGGGGAGGCUGUGGGGAUAGGGGUGCUGCCCCCCCCUCCCCCAGUGUGCCCUGUUAUUAAACUGAUGCCCAGCAGCCCCCCCGA